CGUUUUGACCGUUUACUUUCUUCAAAUCAAUUUUAAACGCAAUGCAACGAUAGAGUUUAAAUAAAAAAACACAAAUUGAAAUUCGAAGUACUGCAGAUGCGUGGAAAAUAUGGAAUCAAUAGGUACUCCAAUCAAAACGAAGACCGAAGUUAUUCCAUUCUUCCCAUCGAAUCUACAUGAAAAGCAGGGAAAAGUAUCGGUUUGGUGGUUUGAACGAAACUUUUCUCAAUCGUUUUAUGGAACCUUUGCGUCACGACAGUGCAAUUCCUGUAUGCUGAUUAUGCUGUUGGUCGCAUCCAGAAUUCGGAUAUACAAUAUUAAGAUGAAGGCUGUUCAGGAUCAGCUACCAUUUGAUUUAAUUUCGGUGUUUGCCGAGUCCAUUUUAGACGGAAAUAAGAUUUACUGCACUAUGAGUAACGCAAAGAAGUUACGGGAUAUUAAUUUCAGUGUACCGGAUGCUAUAUGUGCCGUUGGAAAGUACUUAAGGGGCUUAAACGAAUGGUUUUACGCUUCGAUUCAAGUUUUGAAUUUCGAUGAUGGAAUCAGAGAAAGCAUUUUUUCUGGACUGACUGAAGGAUACAACCGAUGGAAAGGAUGUACUGCAACUACAAAAACUGAAAAUUAUCUGUUCGCGUUAUUGAUUGCUUCAAAACGAUCGGUACUGUUCGUAUUCGAAGAAAAAUCGUCGACGGUGACCGUCCUUGACUCGCAUGAACAUCUGGGUGUCUACGGAAGCAUUGUUGUACAAACGGAUAUAAAGAAUUUGCUCGGCUUAUGCCAAUCUAUCGAAAGAAUGUUUGUGGAUGUUUCUGAAUCGUGUCCCUAUCGAAUGGAGCUAUCAUUUCUUGAAUGCAAUGAAGAGAAUCCACUGGUUUACAUCAGAAAAUUUAUACCAUUUGCAUCGUCGAUUGCUUAUUAAGAUACUGCAUCCGUAGUACAUUGUCCAUAGAAAAUAUAUUCGAAAAAAUAGAAAUAAUAG